AUGACCGGUAAGGUAGAGAGCGCAGAUGAAGAAAAUGGAGAUAUAGAGUCAGGCUAUUUCUCAAUUACAGCAACAGCUCAAGAAAUUCAGAAAUCAGAUGAAGUUCAUAAGGUUCCUUUGCCACAAAACAAGAGGACAUUCAGAGCUUUGAAGCACUGGUCAGGAGAAUGUUUCUUCCCUGAUGAUCCUCUUCACAACGUUAAGAAGCAGAAAACAGUAACUAAGAAGACGUUUAUGGUUCUUCAGUACUUGUUUCCAGUCUUGAUUUGGGGCUGUGAUUACAGCCUUGAACUCCUCAAGUCUGAUGCUAUUGCUGGCCUCACUAUUGCUAGCUUAGCAAUCCCACAAGGAAUAAGUUAUGCAAAGCUUGCCUAUCUUCCACCUAUUUAUGGACUUUUACCAUGGCUCGAUACCGCUGACGUGGCGCAUUCUGGCUGGUCUCCGGACGGCUGGAAUUUCAGAACAAUGAUGAUGGGCUUCGCAUUUCUGGCUUUCUUACUGCUAACAAGACAAAUUAGCUUGAAAAGACCAAAGCUUUACUUAAUAUCAGCAACAGGUCCACUGCUCUCGGUGAUCAUAUCAACAUUUAUUAUUUUUGCAUUCAGGCCGGCCUUUCAGGGCAUUCAAACUGUUGGGAUGUUAGAGCAGGGGCUUAAUCCUCCUUCUAUUGACAAGCUACUCUUCAAAAGUUCCUAUUUGAUGCUAACCAUCAAAACAGGCAUUAUAACUGGGAUCCUCUCUCUAACUGAAGGAAUAGCGGUUGGGAGAACUUUUGCUUCUCUAAAAGACUACCAAAUUGAUGGAAAUAAAGAGAUGAUGGCCAUUGGAAUCAUGAACAUUGCUGGCUCCUGCUCUUCUUGUUUCAUUACAACAGGAUCAUUUUCCAGAUCAGCAGUGAACUACAAUUCAGGAUCCAAGACAGCAAUUUCUAACUUAGUGAUGGCAUCAGUUGUGCUUAUAACCAUGAUGUUCUUAAUGCCUCUCUUCUAUUACACACCAAAUGUUAUAUUAGCAGUAACUAUCAUAUUAGCAGUUGUAGGACUAAUUGAUUUCAAAGUCCCAAUAAAACUUUGGAAGGUAGAUAAGAUUGAUUUCAUUGCUUAUCUAACUGCAUUCAUUGGAGUCCUCUUCAUCUCAGUACCAAUAGGCCUUGCAAUUGCAGUGGGUAUAUCUGUAAUCAAGAUAUUGCUUCCUGUCACAAGGCCAAACAUUGCUAUCAUGGGAAAUGUUUUGGGAACACAGAGUUACAGAAGUAUUGGACAGUACAGGGAUGCCAAAAGGGUUCCUUAUCUUCUUAUUCUCAGCAUUGAGUUUCCUAUCUAUUUUGCAAGUGCUGUGUAUCUUCAAGAUAGAAUUUUGAGAUGGGUUAGAGAGGAGGAGGAAAGAGCUCUAAUGCUGAAGGAAAAUGGCAUCAAAUGUGUGGUUUUGGAUAUGUCAGCUGUGACUGCAAUUGACAUAAGUGGAAUUGAUGCACUCUUAGAAAUAAAGAAGGCACUCAGCAAUAGAUCACUGCAGCUUGUGCUUGCAAAUCCCAUUGGAGAGGUUGCAAACAAACUUUUUAUUUCAGAGGCUUGGGAGAAAUUUGGAUCAGAUAACAUUUAUAUGAAUGUUGCAGAAGCUGUAGCUGCUAUCACAAAGUUGAUUAAAAGCCAACAAUAA